AUGCACCCGCCACCGUUCAUGACUCCGCCCAAUCCGCUCCAUACACCGAUGCAGGCCGGCUUCUUCCCGCACGCGCCUGGCGCACCUGGACGACCGCCGAUGCACAGGAGCUCGCCGAGCGUCGCGCAGCUGGCCGCCGCGGGUAUCCUCCCGCCUGGCAUGCCAAUGACUCCCAUGGGUCAGAACGGCUUCCCGAGCCCGAUGUUCGGCCUCAGUCCGUAUGGUCCCGCCUUCGUCCCGCGGAGUAAACGAGCAGCGAGCAUGAGCGUAGGAGGCCCUCCCAAGGCCGUGCUUGGAGGUCCGCAGCGCAAAGUGAGUCCGCUACCUCCUGCUGCCCCAGUUGCAACGCCAUCUGCUCCCACGGCAAAGCCGAAGAAAGUGGUGGUGAACUUUCCGAAAGAGACUAUACCAGCAGAAGGAGACGCGCCUCUGACGCGUCGACCGUGGGCGAGGACACCUCUGUCACCUUCGUCUAUACCGGAGCAAUCAGAUGUCCCUCUUCCAGAGAUAUCCACCGCGGAGCUUUACCCAUCAGAUACGUGGAGGUACCAUCUUCCGGCCACAAUAGACGUCUAUCUUCCUGGAAAGAGUACCUGGGCGGAAAUUAAACGGAGACUCAUCGAGGAGAAACUGGAGAGGCUAGGAGUCGAGCCGGGGUCGGGUAGCUCUGUUCCACACAUUCACGCUCCUCAUGCCAGAGCUGCAUCAAUAUCGUCGCCUGCAGACCCUGCAUUACUAUACUUCAAGUUAAACAAGCUGCAGCAGUCACAGAAGGUGUCAUCGCCUAACCCGCUGUCCGCAUCUCCACAGCCUCCGUUUAAUCUCUCGCCGUCCCCUAAUUCGGUACCUCCGCGCUUCCAAGGCAGGCAUGGACAUAGCAUGUCGCUGGCUCAACCCCCUUCAUUCCAGCCACGUUCCCCUGUGUACAAUCCUGCAGCCGCGUUCAACCCAUUCGGCCCGAGUGCGACGCUUGGUUCAGAUCAGAUCUUCACCCACGUUUCGCCUGUGCCUGUGCCGACUGCAUCUGUUUCUGUCGCGAUCAACGGUAUACACGCUCCGCAAGGACGCGUGCCGGCAAACCUUGCGACUCUGGUGCCUUCCUUGCCUUUAUCGAGGCCGGAAAGUCGCCCCGAUUUUAUGCGUGGAUUUGGACUGGACGUCACCAAGGAGGAAGAGGAACCCGAAGAAGAGCCGGUCACCCUCGCACAUUUGCAGGAAGAUACCGCAGAGUCGGUAGUGGUCGAAAGUGCCACGCAGGAGGAUGCUGUUGAUGCAGACCAAGAUGGGACGAGCACUGUGUCACAAACCCGCAUACAUUCGCGACACACUUCACAUCUGUCAGCUGCAUUGUCUCUGCGCUCGGUAGGUGGUGUAGAAGGACCAUCGUUCGGCGUGCAUGGCGAUGGGGAGGCGGAACCUGCGCGUGGCUCGCUUGAGACUGAGGGAGAUGACGCGGAUGCUGUCGGCGAGUGGACUGGCUCGGAGGACAUGCGCACCGGCGCUGAGAUCUCCGAAGAUGAGAGCAUUGGAGAGUGGUCUAACCCCUCGGACGAGGAGAGGGCGCGCCAGCAGCGCCUCGAGCGCCGCAUACUCCGACGCGCGAAGCAACAGGCACAGAGAGACCCAGAGGUUCCCAGAAGAUUACCGAACUUCCCGCGGCCGCCCGACAUCGCGCCGACGUUCGUCGACACAGAGGAUAUUGUCUCGAACCCCAGUGAGGAGGGCCAUGCCCAUGCCCAUGACGCUUUCGCGUUCGACCACAGAGCUCACUUCCCUCGACCCUCGUCUGGCGGGCAUAGUCGGCCACUGCCACCUCUUCCUGAGGCCAGGCCCGGGUCUGCGCCCUAUUCAUAUCAUGAUCCCGCGUUGGCGCACUCCAGGGAGGGUUCUGAACAGUUUGCACAACUCGGAGGACUGCAUCCUCGUCCUUCUCAAGCAUCUCCGCUGCAUGCUGAGGCUCUCAAUCCUCUUGCAAAGCCGUUCGUCUUCGGACAAAGUCGUGUCCUCAGCGUGCUCGCGGAGCAGGCUCCUCAGUCCAUGAUAGCUCCUACAGCUCCUGCAGCUCCAUUGGCUAGUGGCCACACGCGUGUGCCCUCCAUCGGCAAGCCGCUGAAUGCAGCGGCACAGGAGUUCAAGCCUGUUGGAUUCACAUUCCGGCCGCCACCAGGAGUGCCUCAGCUCACCUUCACUGCAUCAUCUCAAGUCUCUCGUCCCUUGCCGACUCCACCGGCCGCCGCUAUAACAUCACCAGGUAAGGUGGCAUCGGGCAGAGAAACACAGGGCAGGGAGAAGAGACAGCGUCGUGGCUCAUUAGACGGUGAAGAUGAGGAUGGUGUGAGCCACAUGCAUUCAUUCAAAUUCCCAUUCGACAAUGCUCGUGCCGUGUCAGCACCUGUGAGCCCGCCUGCUAAUAGGCUUGGAUUGGAGGACUCCUCGGAGAGUGCGAAAGCGGUUACAUUGCCGACUAUCAUGCACUCUCCAACUGAUGAUGUACCUGGGGAUGAGAACAGACCACCUUCGGCAGGCUCAGUGACGGAAGGAGGGAUGAUCGGAUCUGCGGAACUGCCGUUCCCACCCACGAUGAAGCCUAAGCGGGCACCGAUUCCUCUCGACUUCAAGCACCCUAUAUCAACAAACACUGUUCCUGCAGGUUUGUUCAAAGCCCUUGUCAAUGGUGAUGGCGAUGAUCGAACGCGUCGCUCAGUCCGUUCCAGGCUUAGUUCAAGGGAUGUCUUCGAGCACAGCCCUCGUCCAUCCCUUGACGACCUCAAUGUCCCUCCGAUCGCACACAGAACGCCACUUAAUCGUCUGUUCACUGAACCAAGCUUCCGCGGUUCUUCGUCACGCCAUUCAUCGGCUACCCCGGAUAGACCGCUGCACCAAUCCCCAUUGUCCCUCAGACGUCGCGAUGAGGACGAUGAAGACGAUUUUUCGGAUGCUUUCGAUUUCCCUCCAGUUAACCUGUCAAGGCGCAUUGAGAUGCAGCAGUACGAGCAGAGGCUGCAGGACAUCCUCGAUAACAAAUUUGCGGAGAUCGAGCAGGCCUUGUCCGGCUUUAAAGCCUCCGGUGGCCAGUCGCUGAGUACGUCUACGGAAGCUAUGAUGUCAGAGGUCAUAUCAUUGUUCCGCGCACAACUUCAAGAUUCCGCGGCAAAGGGCCUGGAGGAUAGUCAGAUGAUGGAUGCUCGCGGAGAACUUGAUCUUGAGAUUCUUAAGGGCAUCAUCGACCAGAAGCAUGCCGAAUCGCGGGCACUACUACAGCGCGAUAUCAGCCAGAUUCUUGAUUCUCGUAACCAGGAAGCAAACUUGGUGAAGCUCGCUCAGGAUCUGACAAACAGGACCGUAGAGACUGUCGUAUCAGCCACAUCUCAGUUAGGUCAACAUCUACAGCAUCUGGAGAGACCUACAUCUGCAGUGGAAAGAGAUACCACUGUGCGCGACGUCAUAAAUGCUCUUAUGCCCCAGCUGGCUACCCUGCGCCCUGAACCGAUCGAUUACGAAAGUCUGACAGCACGACUCACCCAGGCUGUGAAGCCUCACAUCUCCCAGCUCAUUGACCUGGCUUCUGACAAGCGCGAAACGGCAGGCCUCAUCGUGGACAGGCUUCUUCCUAUCUUGCCUUCUCUGCUUAACCCCGAGGCGCAGUUUGAUGCUGACGUUGUCAUUACUAGGCUGACGGCUGAGGUCAGGAAGGUUGUUGCUCCUCUGGAUGCUCAUGAAAUCAAAGAGCAAGUAUCCGAUCUGGUUGUUGAACGUCUUGAUUCUCGACUUGCCGUAAGAGACCGAGCAUUCAAUGUGGAUACCAUUAUUGAGAAGAUACUGGAAAAUAUGCGCGAGCUACUGGCACCUGUACAGGAGAUACAAACUGCCGUAGCUGAGUUGGGACGGAGGAGUCAGGAAUCUAGUGAACCAAGCUUGGAUCUAUCGUCCAUCCGUCAAGAUAUUCUGAACACCAUAUCUGACCUUCCUCAGCAACUCCUUUUCGCGAAAGAGGCGCUGACGAACGCUCAAUUGGAACUCAAGAAUCGGCUGGGGGACCAGACAGCGACUUCAACGGCGGCAAACGUUAUUUCUCAGAUCGAGAGUGUCAUCCAUGACAUCGCCCGCGAACAGCAAGGCCUCAUCUCCCAGAACAAGGAGCUCUCUGACUUCUGUCAAGAGAUUGUCAGGCAUAUCGAGACUCUACCAGAAGCUAUGCUGGAAGCAACACAGAUCCUGCAGAAUGCCCACGCGGAUUUCUCUGCCCAGGGUGCGGCGCGUAGAGAGACGGAGGAAGUCAGGCGAUUAAUGGCAGCAAACGCAGACAUGCAAGUGCAAUUGGCGAAGGCCCGUGGAGCACAUGGUCAGAUCCGUGUGGAGAAGGAUAUGCUUGAUGAGCGAAUGAGAAAUAUCGAGUCGGAUCGCGACCGGUUGCUGUCGAAAGUGGAAGAGUUGCAAGAAUCUGUCUCCUCAAAGACUGCAGACGCGACGGCGGCGGAAAGCAAGAAUGCUGAGCUGGAGGAGGCUCUUGCGCGUGCUCUCGAACGACUCAAGGCUGCUGAUGUUCACGCGCAAACUAAUUCUACACGUAUCGCUCAGCUUGAAGCAUCGAACCGUGAUCUUGCUAUCGAGAAGGAGCAAUUCAAGUCACAGUUUGAAUCGCUUGAGCUACGCGUCACCUUUAUCACUCGUGAGAAAGAGACCAUUGCGGAUGAGCUGUCCAUGCAGCGGAAAUAUAAUGAGACCCUCAUAUCGGAACAGAACCAUUGGGAUGAAUUGCGUCGUGCAUCAGAGCAGAUACAGACGCUCGCCAACCUGGUCGGUCAAACUGAUGGUGAGGAGCUUCAGGAAUUGCGGCGCACUCGCGACCGCAGCAAGGUCAUGGAGGGCGAGCAUGCUGCCCUGCAACGUCGUCUGAAGGAAUAUGAGACGAAGAUGGCGACGAACGAAAAGCUUGCUCAGGCAUCUCGGCAGUCUUUGGCUCAGGCACAGCAACGCGCAGCCGAAUGGGAGAAGCACGCAAAGGAAUACGAAACCGAGCUGUCUAUCGCACAAACGAAAUUACAUGACGUAGAACAGGCUCACACGCAGUUGGAAGCCGAUUAUCAAUUAGCCAAAUUGCAUCUCGAUGAGCGCGAUGCUGAAGAGCGUCUGGAUAAGGAUCGGCAGAGUAAACUGCGCGACCAAAUCGCGGCUCUGGAAGCACAGGUUGCUCGUCUGCAGGCUGAGACCGAUCAGGCGAAGAAGACUGCGGCAAGUGCUACAUCUCUUCAAUCAAAUGCACGUUACCAGAACGGACACGGUCGAACGUUCAUCCCGCCAAGGUCGGCGUCGCGCGCCAGUACAGUUUACGGCGAGAGUCGUUCUGGUACACCUAAUGCUCAUCUCAACGGUUCGCACGCGUCCAUCACCGGGAAGACAACUCCACAGCCGUCGGUAUGGGAUUCCAUCCAUGCACCUCGGCCCUCAGGGCCCAUCAGCAUGCCACAGGCCAAGAGGUCCUCUUCAUACUAUCGUUCUCCAUCUCCAACGCCAAGCAAUGUCUCUGCGGCGCCGACAUUGGGCGACGACGGCUGGUGGUCUUGA